AUGGAGCCAUCUCCUCUCACUCAGCAAGUUCGGCCCGAAGUCUUCCAGCAGAAAGUUGUUGCACUGUACGAGGAAUUGUUCAAGGAUGAAGAAGACCGUGAGAAAUCCGAGGGAUACUGGAGGGAGUUCUUUCUCCUGAAACCGGACAAGGCCACCUUGCAGAAAAUAAUCCUCGAACUGAGUCCCGACGACCUUUUGCACCUCCAGGCGCAGACACGGCAGCUGUUUUUUAGAGCAGUGGGAUGCAUCAAAGCAGGGAAUGCUCCUGCAGAUGCACACGCUCUCGAUACUGCAACAGCGUUCCUGGCUUCCGUUCUUCCAAAGAAAUAUACCAACCCGAGUUCCGAUAUAAUCAAUGUCAUUGCAGGAUUAGAUCAAGUGGAUGCCGUCUUCACAGACUUUGUUGCUGCAUUGGAUGUUACAAUAAGGACGGGAAGAACCUUGGACAUCCGCCAAAAGGCCAUCGAGGUUGCAUUGUCUGUUGUCUCCGGCGCAUAUCAAACGAGUCUCCUUUCAUACUUCACACAUCGCGAUUUAUUUCCUUCUCUUAUGAAAUUUAUUCAAGAUUCCGAUACCACUUCCCGCGCAUUUGAGCCAUUUACUCUUCUCGGCCUGCUAGCAAAUUACAACAAAUUCGAAUUUCAGAAUCCAUAUCGAUUGCGACUGGACGAUUUUGUCAAUGAGGGAACUAUUCAAAAAAUCAUAAGAUCUGUGGGCCAGACGUGUUCGAUUUCACGGGGGAAAUAUGUAGCAGUUCAGGAGGACCUUCCGGAAGGGUGGUCAAUAAGUACGACUUUGAAUAUGAUAGGGCUGGGAGGGAUUGCUCCUGGUGCGAAGACUGUAACUCUCGCGCUUGAUCCCGAAGUUGCGAAGGAGAAGUUUGCUCAACUGCCUGGAAGUGAAGCAGCUGUUCUUCUGGCAACGUACGAUUUCGCCCAUGCAAACAAAUUGUUCUGCUUCAACUUCGUCUCCAUGCCAGCCGACAAAGCCCUCGAGGCCCCUAUUAGCAGCUUCCUCUCGCUUACCUCCUAUCUUCUCCAACAUGCCCACCUAUCUGCACGGGCGACCCUUUACUCUCAUCUCAACCUCCUCAUCUUACGACUCCUGAUAGAAGACCAAAUCCUAUGCAAGAGGAUAUGCAGCGAGGAAAGUAAAGUAGCAGUUCGAUUAUGUCGGCAGAGGUCACCUUACCUACCAAUUGUGAGGGGUGAUCGAGUAUAUGCGUCAAGUCUGUUGGACACGAUGAUAGAUGGCAUCAACCAUAAUUUGCGCCGGCGGCUGGAUGUAGAGCUAUACAUCUUGUGCAUUGGAACCAUAUUGAGAGUCAUCUCCCACUUAUCUCGGUCUCGAACACGCCUCAAUUAUCACUGGCCAGAACUGUUCAGGUCACUCCUCUCCCUCGUUCGCUUUCUCAAUACUUAUGCCGCCGACCUCAAGAAUCUCCACCACGUCGAUAUUCUGCUUGACGACCUCGUAAAUCUCAUCGCCUUAUCUCUUUCCGCUGGCGAAGCAUUCCUACCAAAUCCUACGACAUAUGACGACCUGUUUUACAAGCUUGUUGAGAUGGGAGAAGUCCUGGUGAAGUUCCGCGAUAAUUAUGACCUGGGGAAACGCCCAACCAAUUCGAUAGAUAUAUUGAUCAGCGUCAGUUCACAUUACAACCAACUUCUGGAAGAGGGUGCUUCAGGGAGGAGAGGAAAGCACUUGACCAGUGCUCAGGUUGCGGGAGUGAUCAAGCAAGGAUACGAGACUUUGAGCAUCCAGGCCAGGGAAGGGCUAGACAGCUGGGAUAAAUACCGAGAGGCCGACAAGAGGGUUUUCCUGAAGAAAAUGGCCAGAGCAGCGGUGGCUGAUGUGAAGAGACUUAUCAGUGAACCUUGA